CGGAAUUUCAAGCGGCGUUUCAGUUCAGUUGAGGAAAUUUUGCGUGUACGGUUGGAAUUUUAACCUACGCCAGUACGCCAUACGAUUUACACACAGCAUAUUUUACACACACGACGUACUCAACAUACGAGCCUGCCGGAUUAUAAAACACGGCGAUUAUAUCAUCAGCCAGCUGGUCGCGGAAUUCCCCUGGCACCAGUCUGUUCCAUGUUAAUCCCACAUUGUCUCCAGCAGUGAAGGACAGGCUGUGACUGUGGCGUCAUGUCAGCAGCUGUGGACAUGUCCGUCUCCUCCACGGUGCCGUCCCUAGAGCACUCCGAGGUGGACAUGCCACUGGAGAGUCAGCAGAAUGAUGCAGCGCAGUACAACGGUAGCAUGGAGGUGAGCGAGGAGGCAUCGCCUCCCCUGGACUGCCACUGGUGAAUUCCCCGCGGAAAUUAUCAAUGAGUGAGGAUCAUCUGGCUGCCGCGUCGGAGGAGGCGCUGGAGUAUAAGCCCAUGGUGUCGGAUGUGGAGAUGGCCGAGGAACCCACGGGACAUCCUGGGGAACAUCUCAGCUCGGAACUGGGCUCGGGAUCGGAGGCUACAUUUACCUCACCGCCACCACCCGUGGAUCCGUCGGAUACAGACGCCGACAAUGGCGGGCCGCCUUCAGAAGCCGACGUCAGCAUCGACGGCGAUACUUCCGGCAGGACCUUGCAGCAUGUCGGGGGUGUUGUCCAGCCGCCUUUCAAGCCACCCGUGGGUCAGACCCUGCACACGACGAACCAGUUGGAGUUCAUUAAGAAGAACAUCUUCAAAGCACUGUGGAAUCACAAGUUUGCCGUGCCAUUCAAGCAACCCGUGGAUGCGGUUCGUCUUAAUCUGCCGGAUUAUCAUACCAUCAUAAAAAAUCCCAUGGACAUGGGAACCAUUAAGAAGCGCCUCGACAACGGCUGGUAUACCAAAGCUGAGCAGUGCAUUAAAGAUUUCAAGGAGAUGUUCCACAACUGCUACACGUACAAUCCACCGGGACAUGUGGUGUAUCAGUGGGGCAGUAAAUUGGAGAAGGAUCUCAUCGCUAAGUUGGCCUUGAUGCCGGCACCGGAAAUUGAAGUGCCCUGGCCGGAGAAGCCGCAGAAGGGACGGAAGAAGAGCAGUGUGGCACGAGCUCCUCGUCCACCGGUGCAAUCGCAUGCUUUGACGGCUCCGCGCUCGGCCUCGUCUCAUUCGCAUGUUUCCUCUACCAGUAUUACCGGUGGUGGCCCACCAUCGAUUACUAAUGUACAGUCUUUCCCCACCAACGCUUCCGCGGUCUCAAUGACACCAAAGACAACCCCAAAGCCUGCCGCACCUCCUAGAUCGCUCCCGGCAACUCCCAUCUUACCGAACCCCGUCGCUCCUGAUAUGGUUCUCCAAACACCCACCUCUGCGACGAUGCCGCGUGCUCAACCAAAGAAGGGUGUCAAGCGUAAAGCGGACACCACCACCCCCGGCCAUUUUCCUGAAGAAACGGCAGGAUACCGUCGUCCCUCGGCUGACAGUGAGGAGUUGCCGCGGAAGCGCGUUAUUAAACCGCCUGCUCGCGAUCUCCCCGAUGAGCCAGUGCAGCCGCUGGCCAAGCCCAAAUUCAAGGGACCGCUGCCGGAGCCGCUGCGCUACUGUCGGCAAGUGCUGAAUGAGCUGUUGAGUCAGAAGCAUGACCGGUACGCGUGGCCGUUCUAUCAUCCGGUGGAUGUCAAAAAUUUGGCUCUGGAUGAUUAUCAUGAUAUUAUUAAACAUCCAAUGGAUUUGGGAACGGUGAAGGCGAAGCUGGAAGACAGACAGUAUAAGAAUACGCAUGAAUUCGCGGCGGAUGUGCGGUUGAUGUUCACCAACUGCUAUCGGUAUAAUCCGCCCGGGCACGAUGUAGUCAAAAUGGCAAAACAACUGCAGGAGGUGUUUGAAAUUCGCUUAGCGAAGCUGCCGGAUGAAGCGUUCCACGAUGUACCCGAUGUUGUGGUACGUCCGGCCACUUAUCGUCCACCGCAGACUCCUCCCGCAUCCACCAAGCCGAAAGGUGCCGGCAAGCGGCCGCAUGAGUCGGAAAGCGAGUCUGAAGAUGAAGAGAGUGAUUCGGAGGCCGAUAAUACUACGCUGAUGAAUUUGCAACAGAAACUGAAAGAGGUGCAGGAUCAGAUCACACAGUUGGCCAGUGGCGGGCGGCUGCGCAGGCAUCCACCGCAAAGAAACAACCGGCCAAGAAGAAGAGCAAAGCGGGCAGUGAGGACGAGCGGAGUAGUAUGCGCGGUAAGACAUUGUCAGCCAAAGAGACCAAAGCCAAACCAAAGGGCAAGGGAAAGGCCAAGGAGGAACGGACACCGCUGCCGGCCGAGUAACACCCGCUUCCAAAAAGGGCAGGCAGACUACGACGGGAAAGAAAGGCAAAAAGGACUCACCGGACCGGCGGAAGCCGGAAGUAGUGCCGAUAAGUCUGGAAAGUCAACAAAGAAAGGCAAGAAGGAAAAAGCGGAAACUGGGGGACGAAAGUCACCGGCAAAGCAAGGCUCUGGAAAUGGGCGCAAAAAGAAACAGCCCGUGCCACCGGAAAUGCCGGUCGUCGCUGCGUCAGCAGUUUAUGACAGCGAUGAAGAGGACAAUGCGCGACCGAUGACGUAUGAUGAAACGCGUCGUCUGAGUUUGGACAUCAACCGUCUGCCACCGGAUAAGCUGGGACGCGUUGUUAACAUCAUUCAACAACGCGAACCGGGUCUGAAGGAUUCCAAUCCGGAUGAGAUCGAAAUCGAUUUCGCCACAUUGAAACCGGCCACACUGCGCGAACUGGAGACAUACGUCAAUUCCAUCCUGCGCAAACGCGGUCGUAAACCCGGCAGCCUGAACAAGAAGCCCAGCAAGGCACAGUUGGCCAGAAUGGCCAAACAGGAUGAGCCCAGUGGAAAGAAGUCUGCCGGUAGUCCCGCCACGGCGUCCGGGAAAGCCAGCAAGGCGGCCAAGGAAAAAGCGGCGGUGGCCGGGGCCAAUAGUGGCCGGCUGAGUGUCAGCAGCUCGGAUUCGGACAGCGAAAGCAGCUCGGGAUCCAGUUCGUCCAGCUCAGAUUCGGAUAGCGAGUAGGAUGGUGGUGUGCGAACAUGCCGGCGUCAGCAGCCCCUUUUUUGUUGCUUUGAUUUGUGUGUAUAUUUUUUUGCGCGCGCCUCUUUUGUUUCGAUUUUUGGCACUUUUGGUUACUGGGUGAAAAGGUGACAGAUUAGUUUAGUGCUGCUUUUUUGGAGGUAAUUUGCUGUGGAUUUGAUUGUGGGGCUUUUUCUGGAAUGUUGAUACUUAUUACUUUUUCCUUUUUGGAUAACUAUGGCAACAUGUGAAACUUGCGGACGAGCUGAUGGAAUUUUGUUUUGGUUUUUGGCUGUUUAACUAAGUCAACAGCUAUUUAAUAACAAUAAAAUUAUUGUUGAA